CGACUCGAUGACGUCUCAGCGCUUGAUCACAUCAAAAACCUACAGCUCACCAUGGGUCUUUUUCACAAGCAGCUGAACCUAGCCUGGCAAAACAUGGAUGUCCACAAACACUCUGUCGACACUCCCGGUAGCUUCGCAUGGACGAUCUCAAUCCUUGGGCUCAAGAGGCUUCACAGAGAGAAGCCGGACUAUCAGACGAUGGUCCAGCUAUUAUUUAAUACAGUGCUACAGGCUAAUGUGCUAGUCUACUGGGAGAUCAUCACCGGUAAAUUGCUUUGGGAUCUUGCAAAGGACAAGCCCAGUGCUUCUACUCUCCUUGAGACGGCUCAGAAAAUUCACUCACAGUUCUUCUGUCCC